CUCAAUCCAAUUGGGCAACGAUUGCAAACCCCAACUACCUUUUAUUUCUCUUCCUGAUCUCCUUCCCUCCUUCCCUCCUUUCUUCCAACGGAUUUCUCAUUUCCCGCAAUCCCUACUCUCUCUCCUCCAUACGCCUUCUGUAAACAACCAAUUUUGAUCCGAGCUUUCUCUCUCACCUUUAAUGGCGGAUUAUCAGGGCAUAUUAACUUGCGGUCUUGAACGAUCAUGUGUUGUUGUUUUGCAAAUUCAGCUAGAAGAGUGCAGAAUUCGGCCCUAUUUUGAGAUUUCACUUUGGAUAAUUUAGCACUUGGAAGUCACUGUUGAAGACUGUCUCCAUUACUAGGUACAACAGCACGAGCUCAUAAGCAAAGGACCUCAACAACUCACGAUUCUCUAUCGAGAAAAUUUGGCUGCAUAACAUAUGUUACUACAAAUCUGCAAGCUCUCUGGAAAGUUGAUGGGGCCAAUUAAUUCAGAAAUCUCUGUAAAUUUCUCUGAAAUAUAAAAUAUCAUCAAGAAAUGAGUUAGGCAUCCAAUAUUCCUUAUAGUGAUUGAUCGCCAAAAUGUGAUUAUAUACACUUUGAACAUGUCUGAUACUUUUUGGCAGCUUGAUUAAUAAGCUGUAUUUUCCUCAGGUAAAAUUUAAUAAAGGUUACCCGAGUUUAAUCAUGAUCGAGAAUAAGUUUGGGAGAGCUGAGAACACACCCCUUAGUGUGUUGGCACUUGGCAAUCAAUCUCCUUCUGGGUGAUAAUUUUUCCUGCAGUGAAAAAAGAAUUCUGUGAUGGUAACAUAGUACCUUUGAGAUUUGAGAAUGUACUUCAAAUUCAGGGGCAUUGUAGUCAAUGCCGCUGGUUAAAUUAUUGUAAAUACUUUGGUGUAGACAGUAGAGGGAGAGAGAGAAUAGUGGUCCAGUAACUAUUGUUGGCAUAUGAAAGAAAAGGUUGGCUCUUGCCCUGUUUUCUUAACCAUCAGUUCAUUACUCAUAAGAACACAUACUCCCACCUCUCUGUUUCUGAGAGUCCCACUCUUCUGCUUUUGCUAUCUUCAGAGCUUCUUUAACGGAUUUUUUUUACUACCUCUUAUCUCAUCCCCCGUGACCUGCUCAUAUACACAAAUCGCCCAUCAACUCUCUCUCCUCCCCCAUUCCCCUCCAUUCCAACCCCCCAAGUUUUCAUUGUGGGGCUAGAUUUCUCUUUUGAACUCUCAGCGGGUAUAUUUUCUUCUUGCUGACUUCUGAUUCUUCACUGCAAAACCCAUCCACUGUUCAGAUUGUGAUUUUUGAGCUUUGUGCCUUUCUUCCUUGCUCCUGUAUAAAUUAGAAAGAGAAUCCAUUGUCUUCCUACAUAAACAAUUUAGCAAUCCACAUUUUUAGAAUUGCUUCUUGUGGUCAAUUCAGAUAUGGGGUUUUUCAGGGUUUAAGCUUAGGACUCAGAAAUUUCCUUGUUCUUGCAAACUGGGUUUAGUGUACUCUAGACAUCUUUUUGCUUUUCACCUUGAUAGUAAGUGCUUUUCUAGGGUUCAGGGUUUUGGCCUUUUGCCUACUUUGGUACAAAGCUUGAAGCUUGAUUUCCACUCUCUUUGCUUUGCCAUUCCUUUGGUAAAGUUUUGAAUUCUCCUUAUUUGCCUCUCAAAAGCUUACUAAAUCUACCAACUUUGCUGAGUCCAAAGCUUUACUUUUUUUUUUUUGGUUCUGUGCCACUGUCAGAUAACUGAUGUUUUGAAAUUGAGUCUUCUUCAUCCAUUUCUGAUUCUGGCAGCUUUGAACCUAAGCUUCUUGAAGCUAAUGAGGAUUAAUUCAAUCUUGCUCAGUCUCUCAUCGUUGAGUUCUAAUUGAAUUAGGCCUGUUUGAUUGAAGUUCAGCCAGGAGAUUCAUUUCAACAAUGAGCUCCUGCUUGAGUGGAGGUGGACGGGCUGCCUAUGCAAUUGACCUUGAUAUUAUUAAAUCUCCCUCUACUUCAACCCGUACCUCUCAUUCUUCAUCGCCUUCUUCGACUAUAUCAGAAUCAAGCAAUUCCCCACUAGCCAUCUCAACUCGUAAACCACGGACUCCCCGGAAACGCCCAAAUCAGACCUACAAUGAGGCAGCUGCUCUGCUUUCCACAGCAUAUCCAAAUAUUUUUCCUGCCAAGGAUAUGUGUAAGCCAGGCAAAUUCAUCAAACCUCGUGAGUAUUCUUCCUUUUCCUGUGAAGAACCCUCUGGUGAAUUGCUCCUACCUUUCCCAGUUGAGAAACCAGUUUUUCAGCUAGAUUCAACUGCCUAUGGUAAGUCAUGCUCAUAUGACAUGGAUGAAAUUGGUUGCCAUACGAAUUCCUCUGAUUUAUGUGAUGGAUACGAGGAUUUCGAUGCAGAAUCAAUCCUUGAUGAAGAGAUUGGGGAGGGUGCUAUAGACAGCAUAAUGGGGGAUGUGAAUGUGUGUGUUGAAGGGGAAUCCACUGCUUGCUCCAAUGAUGGUAGUGUUGGCCCGGUUAGUUUCUGUUAUGGGUAUCCUGUGGGGUUAGGAUUAGGAUUAGGAUUAGGAUUAGGUGGGAGAUUUGAUUUCGGAUUCGGAUUGAUGAGAGGUGGAGUGGCCAAGGCAUUUAGACAAAAUGACGAGGGAGACUGGUGGAGAUUUCCUGCUGUUGAUGUUGGUGAAAUUUCACCAAGGUUGAGCAAGCCUUUGCCAGCUGAAAAGAAGAAAAAAUUGGAAAAAGUGAACACUAAAUCCUCUCCUUCAGCCUUAAAGAAAGAAAAUUCAGUGUCGGUUCCCAAGUCCAGUCCAGGCUUGAGCAAAGAAAAUUCGUCUUCAAGUCCUAAAUCCAGUUCAACAUCAUCAGGCAAGGAAAAUUCAACCCAAAAUUCUAAAUCCAGCCCUGGGGUGCUCUUGAAAUUGAAUUAUGAUGAGGUUUUGGAUGCCUGGUCAAAUCGAGGCUCGCCUUUCUCCGAUGACAUUGUGGGCUCCGAGCUUUCUGGAAGUGAUGCCUUGCAAGCACGAUUGGCGCAAAUAGAUCUAUUCGGUGAGCCUGGAGCCUUGAGGGAAGCAAGUGUUCAGCGCUACAAGGAGAAAAGGCGAACACGUUUCUUCUCAAAGAAGAUUAGAUAUCAAGUUAGAAAAGUUAAUGCCGAUCAACGACCAAGAAUGAAGGUAUGCAACUAUGCCAAUUCGGGGCGAUUUGUUAGAAGGCCGAAUUCAUCUGGGAGUGAAGAAAACGAAGUAGCGAAUGAGUAGUUUUGCCUUUGGCCUGUCAGGUCCUUUUAGCUGUUAUGAGUACCUUAUAGGGCAUUACACUUUUUGUAAGAAUUUUGCCAAAUUUCACACAUCAAACUGUAGCUAAGGCUAGGUAAUAGGGUUGGUUGAAGAGCUGUAGUGUUAUUAUUCCCUCAAUUUUUUGUAGUCUUAAAUCAACGGUUACCCCCUUUUCUGUUA